GUUAAUCGAAGAUCGAUUUUAUAGUGGCAAAUUUUCACAGCACGACAGGCACGCGCCUCGUUGGUCCAGAAAUAUUGUACGAUUAGAAGUGUGAUUUCAUUUAAUUCUAGUGGAAACUGUGCAAAUACUACUCUGAAUCACAGGAGACGUGAGAACGGCAGAGAGCAACGGACGUUUGUCCACUGCUUGAUGUGCAGUGAAGGAGUCAGCUGUUGUGUACCGGUGAAGGAUUAGCAGCAGCGAGGCUAAAUAGUGUGGCCUACUGUUGCUGUAGGCGGCUAACCACUGUUUUGGCAUUAUCUACGCAUCGUUCUCGUGUCGUAUCUGGUGUUGCCCUGGUGUUUGUUGUAGUGACAACUGUACAGUCAUGGAGCAGACGUCGGCAGUCGAGAGCCGGGCGAAGCAGAUCGAGAAAGAAUAUCUCUCCAGCCUAGCUGACCUGAAUGUCAACAGCAAACCGUUGAUAAACAUGUUGACCAUACUGGCCGAGGAAAACCUCGAGUAUGCCCAGAUCAUCGUGAACGCGGUGGAAAAGCACCUAACAAAGGUUGCACCUGAUGUAAAACUGCCAAUACUUUACCUAGUUGAUUCCAUCGUUAAGAAUGUGGGCAAGCAGUAUCAGACGCUCUUCAGUCAGGUCAUUGUAAAUAUGUUUUGUGGAGUGUUUCAAACGGUCAAUGAAAAGAUUCGUGAAAAAAUGUUCAGCUUGAGACAAACUUGGAACGAUGUAUUUCAACAAUCCAAGCUCUACACACUGGAUGUGAAAAUCAACUCGAUUGAUCCUGGGUGGCCAAUUACGGCGCAAUUAAAACCAAAGGCAUCGUCCAUUCACUUGAAUCCUAUGUUCCUGAAAGGAAAUCAGGAACCUACACUAGCAAUGCAACAAAAAUUAAGGGACAAACAGCGCGAGCUGCUCCAACUACAAGCCCGAAAGCUGGAACUAGAAUUACUCACGACGAAGAAGCGCAUUCUAGAACAGGAAAAACAAUUAAGCAUUCAAGCGGAAAGCGUUGCUAAAGAUCCGUCGGCAGAGUUGGUAAAACCUUUGGAAGGCGUAGGUGGCCCUGCGUCUCUGCUUCCUGCUUCGGGAGGAGUUGUUUCAACAACUGUUCCUCCACCGGGGGUUAUGCCGAAAAGUCGCAUUGCUCCUGUUCCACAAGGCAUGAUAAAUAUGGUGAAGACGCGCGAUCCGCGCCUGGCGAAACAACAAGCUACGACCCCGCUCGGUGGCACAACCUUAACAUCGGCUGGAAGCGUCAAUAAUCCCCACACAGCUCUGGGGCCGUUAUCGAUUCCACCGCCCACUUUUGUCAGUAGCAUGAUGGAUUCUUCAAAUCAUAGUAUUUCGGGAUCGAAACAAUCAUCGGUACUUGGUAAGGAUCAGCUCAGUGGGAGGAAUCGUCGAACCGAAAAUGUCCUGGGAGAUAGUGCAAGCACUGUCUCUCUGUUGGAGGAAGCAGGAGCUGGUGCCCGUAGCAAAAAACAAAUAUCAUCUUCUACCAGCAGCACCAGCUCGUCUUCGCACAAAUCACGCCGCGAUAACGAUGCGAAGCGCAGAAAGGAUCGAAAAGAACAGGCUUCGUCAUCAUCGUCUGGUAGCAGCAGAUCUUCAGCUAAAGGCAAGUCGUCUUCAACCAGUCGUUCCGGUGGUAGCGCUACAGAAAAACGGAAACAGUGCUCGCAUAGCACCAGCGAUGGUUCACCACAUGGCAGGAAAUCACCUCAUUCGCCUGGCAAAAAGAAACCUUCGGAAAAAUCCACAUCCUCGCACCACUCGCAUAACGACAGUCCAAAGGGAGCAGGAAAAUCGCGUACGGAAACCAAAAACUCUCCGGACACGUUUGCCUCUAGUAGCAAAUCAUCUCAUCAAGCACGAAACAAUAAUCUCGAUAGUAAGAAGCAUCAACACACCACGGACGAGUAUCCAUCAGUUGCUGGUUCGAACAGUGCCAGCUGCGAGAGCCAGAGCGUUGAUUUUCGUUUUGCUGGUACUCUAAAACGGAUCAAGAUUGAUGAGCCGGUUCCUGAAAUUCAUUCCGUUUCGGAGGAUACGGACGAUACGAUUAUGACGAUGAUGGGGCAAAAAGCGUCGGAAGUACAAAAUAAUAGUGCAACAGACGACGAAGAAGCUCUUUCGGCUAUGAUCGCCAAAGAUAUCGAUUUACGAGCAAUUCCUCUUCAGUUGAUUACGCCGAAACAUACGGCGGAACGUGAUUUAUCUCUAAAUGGGCCAAAGAAUGAUGCAUGUGGGUCUGGCUCAUCGAAGGAAUCUCCAUCGAAGCGAUCUGAGGAAAUGGAAGACGCAGAUGGUUCCUCCAGCGGAAAGAAGCGAACCAGUACUACCAAUUACGAGGAACCCAACGCUAAAAAGAGCAAAGCUGAAAUAAUAGAUGCAUUGUUUGGUAACGAAGACGUAGACCUCCGACAGUUGCCGAUUGGAGAUACAUUGCUGAUCUCAGGAGAUGAACAGGAACUGGAUUUCUCAAAGAUGGAAAACGUGGUUGAUCAGUCUAGAUCUCCACUUUCGGAGAAAACCAAUAGCAACCAUGCGGCAAAGCUUACAGAUAUGAACAAACACCAUGAAAAGGACAAGCUUGGCAGGCCUCUGUUGUACAAUAAAUUACCUGAUGAUCCUAUUGAACGCCGACGAUCGAUCAAUUCUCUUGCCAAACCAGAAGACAUAGAUCAUCGGUUUCAACAUCAAAAUAUGUUCAACCACGAUGCUACAGAGGAUGACGACAAUUCGAUGGAUAGCAUGAAUGCGAAUAUCAAAACCAUUAUCUCGCAAGCCCAGGAGCAGAUGGAAAAGGGUGAAAUCACGCUAGAUCAGUACAAUAUUCUGAUGAAGCAGGUGUUUCAGCUAAACGAGACUCAGAAGAUUCGACAAGCACAGCGCAUAGAGUCAGUAAAGCGCCAUGAUCAAACGAUUAUUCGAAUUGAUGAUAAUGCGUCGAUGAGCGGCGACGAUGAUGUGAUCGUAACGUCCGUCACGGUACCGACGCCUGGCGUAUCGGGCAUGCGUAUGAACGAGCAAAAAGAUGGCUCCAUCGGCAAUGUAAACGAUUUUCGUGGAAAAAUUCAUCCUAUCGACGGAAAACCACCGCUAGGCAAAGCAUUCGAAGUAGUACCAUUUGCUGGCAUUGGUAUUCCUCCGACAUCCAUCCCGCCUCCCGAUAUUCGGGCACAACGAGAUCCACGGCGAAUACGUGAAUCGAAAUGGAAUCGUGUAGAGCCUGUUCCUGGACCAGCCUGGGCUAAUCGUCCUGGUGGUGUUGGGCCGGUCGUCGGUGGACCGAUGGUAGUGCCUCCUAUGGUAGCUAGUGGGAUUCGGCCCGGCAUGGUCGUACCGAGCCCUUGGGAGCAGGCACCGUUCCAGUUGAUGACCGACGGCAUGCCCCGAUUUCCGACACCUCCGGGGCCUCUUCCACUUGGCGUACUCGGUGGCGUACCUCCAAACGGAAUGGCAAUGAUGAAUCCGGCGCUGCCUAAGAUGAAUGAUUGCGUUCGCACGAUAAACAUCGACGGUAUCCAAAGGGAGAUACGCUUUUACGAGGAAAUUGCCGUCAUCUUUAUUAACUGGGACGAACCAAAGGAGAUUGGAUUUCAGAAGGGUGCACGCAUGGUGGUUGUGGAUGAUAGGGAAACGUUUGAGCUAGGCUUCAAUGAACCAUACAAAUCGGUUAGCAUUGAGAAUAAAGUCUAUCAGAUGCGUUUGGGUGCCCCCACGAGGGAGCUUUAUAUCGAUGAUUCCUGGUAUGAAUGCUACUUCGGCGAUAAGCCUUCGACGAUUACGUUGGAUGGAAAGCCGCGGGUGUUUAAGAUCGCUGGUCCAGCACCCCAGGUGAAAAUCGGCGAGAGCCGCAAAGAUCUUGUAGCUGGGAAAAUUAACAUGAUUGUUGAUGCGAAAUACAUGAUACCGGUAUUUCUCGACUGCAAAAUGCAAAUGUUUGAGGUGUACGGCGUAAUGCAUCGCCUUCAGUUUGCGGAUUUUCUGUUAACGGUAUUAAUAGACGAGCAACCCUUCCCGGUUGAUUAUGGCGGUUUGCCGAUGCUGGUGCGGUCGCGAGAGCGGGAUUACUACAUCCGAUUCACAGCCCUACCCAACGGCUUGGUACCGGGUAGGGUGUACAUCCGCGACAUGAUACGCACACCACUGUACCGCGAUCUGCGCACCCCACCGAAGGAUCCCGGCGCUCUGUCACCACCGAUACCACUUAAUCCACCGUUCGCCCCUCCGACGGCAGCACUCCCCGCCUUAUCUGCUUCCGGGCCACCGGGAAUAGGUUUCGGAGCAAUGAAUAACAUUCCGCCCGCAAUUGGUCCGCCGCACCAUAAGAGUGUGACCGCAGCGAACUCGACCUCGACUGGGCUUGACUAUCUUGCAAACUUAAUGCCCUCGAUGGCGAUGCAAGCUGGUGCAACCGGCAAAAAUGCUCCUGGGUAUCGGAUAGAAGCGGACGAGAAAACAGCCGUCCCUGGAGGAGCGGGCAUUGGAGCAACGGCAGCAAGCACCACGCAACAACCAAAUACUUCAACGACCGGUUUACCAUUGCCACUGCUGACCAACAUAAACGUAGAGGAAUUAUAUAAAAAGAUUGUAGCGGCCGGCAUUAUCACGAAGAAGGCCACCAGUAGUUCGCCAACUCCUCCGCAAUCGGGUGAUGGUGGUGGAUCUUCUGUAGUAGAAAAGGACUCGAAAGACGCGGCCACUAAAUCCAAAGAAAAGGAUAAAUCACCCAUUCCAGAAAUAGAGCCAGUGCUGCUCGAUAAACCAGACACGCUCAAGAAACGCCAAACGGCUAUUGUGUACCAGCUCUUUUCUGGAAUGCAGUGCAGCAGUUGCGGUGUACGGUUCCCCCCGGAGCAGACCAUGAAGUACAGCCAACAUCUGGAUUGGCACUUCCGGCAGAAUCGACGCGACCGGGACUCGGCGCGGAAGGCACACUCACGCAAAUGGUACUACGAUGUGUCGGACUGGAUUCAGUACGAGGAGAUCGAAGACUUGGAAGAGCGCGAGAAGAAUUGGUUCGAAACUCAGCAGACUGAUCAGGGCGACCUGAAAAAGGGUGGUAGUGCUGGUGGGGGUGGAGGAUUGAGCAGCAGCGCUAUCGAUGGCGACGAAUUCAUGUCGCACGAUGACUCACCUCAGCCGAGCUGCCCGGCCGGAUCGGAUGAAAGUGACCGGCAAUGUCACAUGUGCCACGAUAUGUUCGAACACUUCUACAGCGAGGAAACGGAAGAGUGGCAUCUUAAGAAUGCGAUCCGAAUCGAAGGAAGCACGUACCAUCCGCUGUGUUACGAGGACUACAAGGCAUCGUUGACGAUGUCCGAGUCCACGCUGGGCAAUGGGACGCUUGGUGUGUCUUUAGAUGAGAGCCAGAAGACUGAUGAAAUGAUGGACACGAGUGAAGGAGUUGCGGACGGAGAAGGUAACGCGGCCAACGGUAAAUCGGACGAAGGGAAAUCGAGAACUAGCAAAACAGGUAACGAAAUGGAAGACGACGAUGACGACGAUGACGUGAUCGUGUUACCUACUGUGGAGCCCGUCGUGGAAGAAAUUCUCGACGAUGACGGCGAUGAACAGCCGAAUGGAGAGAACGAAGCCGAAGGCGGUGGUGCAGCUGAAGAUAGACUUGAAGAACCGGCGGUCGCGUCAGGAAAUGUUAAAUCACCUCGACAGCCAGAGUUCCAAGAACGCCAAAUAGAUGAGGAUCUCUUCAUACAGGAACCCAACAUUGAGGUGACAGAUUUGGAUGAGAUAGAGGACAAGCCGGUCGAUGAGUUGUCAGGUGAUGGCGGAGAAGCAAAUGACGGCCAAGGAGAAAGUGGUGUUAACUCUCUGUCAUCGUUACUGCGCGUUAAGAUAAAGCAGGAACCGAAGGAGGAAGACGAGGCAGACGAAGAAGAUGCUCUGUUCGAGGACGUUGGUACGAUCGAGUCCAGCUUGAUUGAAGUAGAUGAACCAUCUCCGAUAACCAACAACGCAGCAGAAGAGGAACUGUGCGACGAUGUUCAAGUUGAAAGCAUUCCAUCGCCAUCCGAAUCGUCCAACCAAAUGGGCCUGCUGGUACAACCGAAGGCAUCGCUUGACGGCAACGUGGAGCUGCAGGAUGCACCGCAGUCGGCCACGGUCGUGCCGAACAAAAUCAAAAUCAACAUCACAAAGACGAAAGCCCAGCAGCAGGCAACUAGCGGUCAUAAUCAUGGAUUGAUGUCGUCCAACGAUGGUGAAACUGCCGACGCUAACAACGGUGUAAAUGUAAAUAAUUUUAAUGACGAUAGCCAAGGAAUCGGUCAGGACAGUGGUGGCACGCAUCAGGACCACGGUGAUAACGCGCUCGAGCAGGAUGGUGUCGGCAGUUGGGAAGAGAGGCACGAAAAAAACGGUUCGGAACAGUCCAAUAAUAAAGAAACGUCGACGAUCAUGGCGACGGCUGCAGCGGAUGCUGCUGAGGUUACGUUCGAAGAAACAACUGAUGUUGCGUAUGAGCUAAAGGAGCGCCUAAAGGGCAUCGAUUGGAACAGACAGCCACGGGUAACCAGUGGUCUCGAAGCGUCCGGCCUCUGUUCGAUCAUGUAAAUAGCAAAAACUGUGACGCAUAUGUGGAAUCAUAUCUGUGGCCGCGUUCGCUAAUGUCACGAAUCAUUGAUUUCCAUCACAUCCAUCACAUGUGGCCACAAUAGGUGCGUUCUUCACAACAGGGUGGUAUUUUUUCACUAAUUCCUAAGCGAUUUUUGUUACUAUUUUGCAUUGGUGGCAGGCGUCAAAAGUAAUUGAUCCUGGAGUUAUUGGGAAUGACGAAACACCGCGCGGCAACCGGUACGCUUUGUGUGGCUUGUUGACUAAUAGGUUUAUUAGGAUUUUGUAAUUAGCAUUUAGUAUAAUUCGUUUACCGAAGGAAUAGUAUGAUUGUUUGUGGGUUUUGGGAUUGGCCGUACAAUGCCCAUAAUUGAGCAUCAGCACAUCAAGAGGAAUAUGUAACGCUAGUCAUGUACACAUUCGCAAAAGGUGGGAUAUAAAAUGCAACAUGAAAACGAUUAGAUGAAACACAAACCAGAGUGGAUUUUGGAGAGUAAUGGGACACACUUUUUUGGCACGGUAGUCCCAUCAGAUCACACAUGAUGAUCGUAAGUUAAUUUCCAUCUUUCUUCAGUUUACAUAUUUAGUACUUGUAUAACGUAAUUCAAAUGAACUCUGUUGCAUAGAUUGAAUUGUAUUUGCUAGUUUCGCACUAAUGGUUUCGAGAUACUGGGACCCGGCAGUACGGUGAAAAAAUGGCUAUUUUUUUUCUUUCACAGGAUUCUUAAUCACGAGUAGGAAUUAUAGAGUGCUUUUGUACGCAAGGGACUGCAACGAUCUACACGGGUUAGUUUCUCAUAGCGUUGGUGGGCUUGUUGGAAUGUGAAGAUUGUGCGAACGUCGUCGUUAUCCGACCGGAUAGAAUAUGAAAUCAAUAAAAACAAGUGAAUUGCAGUCACAAGAAGCAAAAAGGAAAA